AGUCAUUAUUUUACAUGCAGUCCACAAAAUGAACUCCGCAAUUACAUUUCAUAUCCGCCUGAUUUUUUUUAAUGUAACGAUUCCCUCUUGACCCGCGAUUUUACGAAGCAGACAGUGGACGAUGGAGGCGGACUCUGCUUAAUCCUUAAAAAAAAAAAUCUGCUUGUAAGAAACAUCAGGAGGAUCUGUGUUCCACAACUAUGUUUUUCUAUCCCACAAGUUUUGAGAUUUGCAUCAAGGAAGCAGAGCAGACGCCGCAAGAAAAUGUUUGGAUGAUUAGGCUGUGCCUUAGCAAAACCUCAGAGGCUGCGUGGAACCGACUGUAGCCCAGAUUUAAUUUUAUUACUUCACACGCUCGGUGUGUGUGUGGGGGGGUAGGGUUCUGCCCCAGCACCCAACUCUCAUUCAGGGGCUGAACCCGGCCCGCGGCGCAAAUUAAACUCUGGAAACAACUCUUGGUCGACGAUAGGACUACUUGCCCUGAGGCCGCGCGCAGUAGGGAGGAUUGCCCUGGCAAGAGUUUCAGCCUCUGCAACAACGCGUCCUCCUUGUUUUGAGGCCGCUUGGCUCAAAGGAGAAAGGAUCAGGGCUUAUUCGAGGGGAGGGGGAGCGGGCUUGACACCGCCCUCUGUUUUGUAGCCCAGGGGACACCUCCGACGGUCCGAAGGCAGGGUGGAAGAAGGGAGCCGCGCUACCGCCGCUGCCGAGGCCGCCGUCCCCUCGGUCCGGUUCCCCCCGCCUCCUUACCCCUCCCCCACAAUGCAGUGCGUGCCGCGGCUGACAUGGCGGCCGGCCCAGAUUGAGGCGCUCGCAUCGGGGCCUCCAACUGCCGGAGCAGGACAUGGAGUGGGACGCGGACGGAACAUCCCUGGGCUGACAGCCAGCAGACAAUCAGCCAGAUAUCCUGCUUGAACAAAGGAUUCUGCUCCACUCAAUUGUUGCAAAAUUGUAUUUCAAGUAGUCUCAAGUGAUACACGAAGCAGGUCUUCUCAAUAAUGGAAGAGGGCAGGAGCUCAAAAACUGGAAAUCAUGACACAAGAAAAUCUGCCCAUGUUGUUUGUGAAGAAAGCAAAGCUGUCAGAGUUGCAACCAAUCAAAAUUAUAAAACUAACAAAAGUGACAAAUCUAUAAAAGAAACUGGGAAAAGUUCUUCAAGUGGGAGCAGCUGCAAAAAGAAUAAGCAAAAUGAUGUUUGCCCUGAAAAGUCAGGAGAAAAUAAAUCAUGUAAGACAAAUAGUUGUGUUGCUGGAUGUAAAGACGUGGGAUCAAAUCUUCAGGAUCAAAGUAAUAGUAAAGCAAAAAGAUUACCAAACUUACCAGCAGCAGUAGAGAAUUUGAAACAGUUAAGAGUUCAGCACAUGGAUGUAAACCUUUCAGGCUCCCACAUUUUAGAGAAUGGUGCCAGUACAAAAACCUUACCAACUGCCCAAAGAGGGAAUUCUGAAUUAGAAAAUCCACCAGGAGACGAUACAUCCAAAAUUUAUAUUAAUUGGCCUAGUGACUCAGUCAAACAAGGUUUGGAUCUGGGACCCAUGGAACACAAGCCUGAAGGCUCCUGUAAAAUAAAGAAUUCUGAUCCUGCUAAAGAAACUAUUUCAGAGGUUGAUUAUUUAGAAAAUACUGCUGUAAUUGAUGAAUCAACGUUGAUAGCAGAACAGCAGCUCGGCUUGAAACAAGCUGAAGAACGACUGGAAAGAGACUACAUUAUCCGCCUGGAAAAACGCUCUCCAGAGUACUCGAAUUGCCAGUACCUAUGCACGCUCUGCUUAGUUCACAUUGAAAAUAUCCAGGGAGCUCACAAACAUAUUAAAGAAAAACGCCAUAAAAAGAAUAUCAUGGAAAAGCAAGAAGAAAAUGAACUGCGUGCCCUCCCUCCCCCUCCCCCUGCACAAGUAACUGCCUUGAGUUUUACGCUGAUGGAGGCAGCAAAGGAACAAGGCAUAUCAGAUAAUGAUUUCAAAAUCCGCCAAGAAAUUGUAUGUGAUAUGGAAAAGAUAAUUCAGCAACCCUUACCAGAGUGUUCAUUGAGGAUGUAUGGAUCCUGUCUAUCUAGAUUUGCUUUUAAAACUAGUGAUAUUAAUAUUGAUAUAAAAUAUCCCUCCACGAUGAAUCAUCCAGAUGUACUGAUACAGGUGCUUGAUAUUUUAAAAAACAGCACUUCUUACUCUGAUGUGGAAUCAGAUUUCCAUGCCAAAGUUCCUGUUGUUUUUUGUAAAGAUGUUAAGAGUGGUUUAACUUGCAAAGUAAGUGCGGGAAAUGAUGUGGCCUGCCUUACAACUGAUCUGCUAGCUGCGCUCGGCAAACUGGAGCCAGUCCUUGUUCCUUUGGUGUUGGCUUUUCGUUACUGGGCCAGAUUGUGCCAUAUUGACUGUCAGGCAGAAGGUGGGAUACCCUCAUAUUCUUUUGCCUUAAUGGUCAUAUUUUUCCUUCAACAAAGAGAACCACGUAUACUGCCAUCAUAUUUAGGCAAUCGGAUUGAAGGCUUUGAUUCUAAAAAAGCUGAUGACUACCAUCUGAAAGGCAUAGAAGAUGAAAAUUUUGUAGUGUGGGAAUACAAACCAUCAAACAACGGAGCAGGGAAAAAUUUGAGUGGUGUGGAAGGCAAAGCUAAAGGUGAACAGCACCGAGGUGGUAACAAGAAUGCAGCAACCUUAGAAACAGACACCCAAAAUAAUCCAAAGGAUAAAAAUGGCAAGUCUCCAUUAGCAUUGGAAACACCACACCAGAUAUCUCUGGGACAACUGUGGUUAGAAUUGUUGAAGUUCUAUACACUGGAAUUUGCUUUGGAAGAAUAUGUUAUCAGCAUACGGGUACAAGAACUUUUAACAAGAGAGAACAAAACCUGGCCUAAAAGGCGAAUAGCCAUUGAAGAUCCUUUUGCACUAAAAAGAAAUGUUGCACGGAGCCUGAACAGCCAGAUGGUAUUUGAGUAUAUCCUGGAGAGGUUCAGGACAGCAUAUAAAUAUUUUGCGUGUCCACAGACUAAAGAUGGGAGUAAAUCCAAACUGGAUAUCAAGAAGAAGGAAAAGGGAAAAAUUGGUAGCAAAAAAACUGGAGAACCUGUAGCCAACUGUUGCCUUCCGCAGCAGGCCAACAUUACAGAGAAGCAGAACGCAGGCCAUGCAUCUAAUGUACAAGAGUCUGAGUUUAAUGAAUGUGGUGAAAUGGAACCUACAUCCAGGAGAUGUACUGGGGACUUGGAAAGCUUACUGGUAAAAAAAACAGAAACUGAAAACACAAGCUCUCAAGAUGAAAAGGAAACUAUAUCCCUUAUUACUAAUAAAUGCUGUGAAUUAGAACAAAAAUCGCCUAAAGCAAAGAAUGAUCAAGAACCUUCAAAUGAAAAGGAGCAAAGCCACCAUUGCAUUUUUAGUGAUUGUAGGUCCCUUGAUGCAGAUUCUGUUAGUGAAUUAUCUGAUACUGAAAGUCAGCUGAGUUCAGUAAUGGAGCAUCCACAGAAGAGUAGGUGCUCAGGCACUAGCACAGCAGCUACCUCGCACAACUGCAAAGCAGUAGCAGAAAUUCAAGACACUAAAGAUGACAUCACCACAGAAGAUAUGCAUUAUGUAUUUGAUAAAUUUAUUUUGACUUCUGGAAAGCCUCCAACUAUAGUAUGCAGUAUCUGCAAAAGGGACGGCCAUUCCAAAAAUGACUGCCCAGAGGAUUUUAAGAAAAUUGAUCUAAAACCACUACCACCAAUGACAAGUAGAUUUAGAGAAAUACUUGAUCUAGUAUGUAAAAGGUGUUUUGAUGAAUUGUCGCCUCCUUUCUCAGAGCAACAAAAUCGAGAGCAGAUUUUGGCAAGUUUGGAAAGAUUUAUUCGAAAAGAAUAUAAUGACAAGGCCAGGCUAUGCCUAUUUGGUUCUUCAAAGAAUGGAUUUGGAUUCCGUGACAGCGACCUGGAUAUUUGCAUGACACUAGAAGGUCAUGAAAAUGCAGAGAAACUAAAUUGUAAGGAAAUUAUUGAAAGUUUGGCAAAGGUUCUUAAGAAGCAUCCAGGUUUAAGAAACAUCCUGCCUAUAACAACAGCCAAAGUGCCUAUAGUAAAAUUUGAGCACAGACGAAGUGGCCUAGAAGGGGAUAUCAGCUUAUACAACACACUGGCACAGCACAACACAAGAAUGCUUGCAACAUAUGCAGCCAUUGAUUCAAGAGUGCAAUACUUGGGAUACACAAUGAAAGUUUUUGCGAAGCGCUGCGAUAUUGGAGAUGCAUCCAGAGGAAGUCUGUCUUCAUAUGCCUAUAUCCUUAUGGUGUUAUAUUUCCUACAACAGAGAACACCACCAGUGAUCCCAGUUCUUCAAGAGAUAUUUGAUGGACAACAGAUUCCUCAGAGAAUGGUUGAUGGGUGGAAUGCUUUCUUCUUUGAUGAUACCGAGGAACUGAAAAAACGUUUACCUUCUCUUGAGAAAAACACAGAAUCACUGGGAGAACUCUGGUUAGGGUUACUGCGAUUUUACACUGAAGAGUUUGACUUCAAAGAAUAUGUCAUCAGCAUUCGGCAGAAGACGCUGUUAACAACAUUUGAGAAACAGUGGACAUCCAAAUGCAUUGCUAUUGAAGAUCCUUUUGACUUGAAUCAUAACCUGGGUGCAGGAGUUUCCAGAAAAAUGACCAAUUUCAUAAUGAAGGCAUUAAUUAAUGGAAGAAAACUAUUUGGUACCCCUUUCUAUCCAGUCUUGGGAAGAGAAGCUGAAUACUUCUUCAACUCUAAAGUAUUGACUGAUGGAGAGCUGGCACCCAAUGACAGAUGCUGCCGUGUCUGUGGCAAAAUUGGUCACUACAUGAAGGACUGUCCCAAAAGAAGGAGGUUGAAGAAAAAGGAGAAUGACAGAGAUGAUGAAAACGAAAUAAAGGAGGAAGAUAGAGAGACUAGAGAAAAGAGAUGUUUUAUCUGUGGUGAUGUGGGACAUGUUCGAAGGGAUUGUCCUGAAUUCAAACAGACAAGACAAAGAAGCAAUGGUGUUCCCGCAACUCAGUUAGUCCGAAGCCUUGUAAACUCUCAGCAAGUAACUGGAUCCAUUCAACAGCAAGUGGAAAGACCCUUGCGCACUAGACAGCCAUCAGAAUGUUCUGAUUCACGUCAGCCAUCUUACUCUCCACAGCCUCAGCAAUUUACUCAGAAUUCCUCUCCACCAUCCUCCAUUAACCAGGCUCAGCCACAACCAAUAUCCCAGUCUAAGCAUGCUCUGCAGCCCCAGCAAGGGGCACAGCCACCCCACCAGGUCCAGCUGCCUUUGUUUAACUUUCCCCAAUCUCCCCCAGGUCAGUAUGCCACCUUGCCUAACCUGGGACUAUUUCAGGUGCACCACCACCACCAAAUUCAGCUUCCUAACGCCUCGUGGCCUGUUAUUCACUCGGCACCGGGUAAUCCUUCUCACACCACAAAUGUUCCAUUUUCCGUGAGGGCUGGCGGCAGCAGCAGCCCACCCAAUAACCAGAGCAGCGUAAGCCUGAAUGAUCCCAGUAUCAUCUUUGCACAGCCUGCUGCCAGGCCUGUAGGAAUCCCCAGCAGUUCUCAUGAGGGACACUGGCGCAACCCCGUGACUCUAAGCUCCCUGGUGAACAAUGGCACGGUGGGGAAUUCAGAUCAGGGCUUCCCAGGACAGUUUGGUAAAGUGAACCCUCCUCCUCCUCCUCCUGUUCCUUGGGACCAUGGCGCCCCUGCCCAUUUUCCUCUACUGCGAGGGGCGUGGCCUUACAGUAUGUCUCCAAACUACAUGCAGCAGGGAAAUGCCAGCUAUCCAUUGAACAAACCUUUCUACCCUCAAGCUGGCUUACUGAUGCAGAACAACCAGCGGUUUUCACUUCUGUCUCAAGGACACCCACACUUGAACAUGAAUUUCAUUCAGCAGAAAAAAUGAAGUUUAAUUAAGGGGAUGGGAAGAAAUCAGGUUCUGGAUUCAAAUGUUAUUGCAACAUGUUUAGAUAAGAGAUUAUUUAAAACUGUUUUUAACUGUAUCAUUUGUACAUAGAUAUAAAAUAUAGUUUUUACCAGUAUCGCAAGAAUAAGUGAUACAAAUGUCAUCUAUUUUAUUACCCUAUUUUUAAGGGGAACUGUGUUUUAUUUUACCUUGAUAAAACUGUAAAGAGAGUUUUUAAAAUUAAGUUGUUUAUUUUCUAUUAGCUGUAUUCAUACUUUGGUUCAGACUUUAUAUCUGUUCUAAAAAGGAAUUAGAAAGGGAUUUCAUGUGUUAAAAAGAUCGUCAUUUCUUUACAGAACAAUGUAGUGCCAAAAACUUUUUAAAAGGAAAAAAUAAAAUUGCAAAAUUAGAAAUCUAAG